CUCGUUGCUUGUCGUCGUCGCGUCGCCUGCCUCUCCUCCUCCCUCUUCUCCCCUGAACCCUCGCCGCCGCCGCCGCCGCCGCCGCUCCUCCCGGUCCGGGCCCCCCUGCUGCUGCCGCCGCCGCGAGGGAGAAUAGGGAGGAUGGCCGACGCCCUCGACAUGUCCCUCGACGACCUCAUCUCCAAGAACAAGAACAAGCAACCACGCCCCAGCGGCCGAGGCCCUACCUCCGGAGGCGGAGGCCCCGCACCCACGGCGCCGCGCCGCCGCUUCAACGCCCGCGCUGCUGCAGCCCCGUACCACCGCGGCACCACUUCCCCUUUCCAGGCGCAGGCGCGGCGGCCCAUGGCUUAUGCUGGAUACGGAGCCGGUCGCCUCCAGGCCGCGCCGAUGGCGGGCGUCCUCGAAGAGCCCACCAGGCUCUACAUCUCCAACCUCGACUAUGCCGUCUCCAACGACGACAUCAAGGAACUAUUUUCUGAUGUUGGUGAUAUCAAGCGUUACUCCAUCAACUAUGACAGGAGUGGGAGAUCAAAGGGAACUGCAGAGGUUGUCUUCUCAAGAAGGUCUGAUGCUCUAGCUGCUGUUAAGAGGUACAACAAUGUGCAGCUUGAUGGCAAACCUAUGAAAAUUGAGAUCAUUGGGACAAAUAUUGAGGCGCCACCAACCCCUACCUUCGCCUUCAACCCACCAGCUGGAAACUUCAAGGUGCCUUUCACAAGCGGUCCCAGAAGAGGUGGUGGUGGAGGAUGGCCUCAGGGUAGAGGUGGAUUCGGUGGGCGCGGACGAGGGCCUGCGAGCCGUGGGCGAGGGAGGGGAGGAGGGCGUGGCAGUGAGAAAGUUUCUGCUGAAGAUCUGGAUGCGGACUUGGACAAGUACCACGCAGCAGCAAUGGAGACCAGCUAAAUGAUUCUGGCACCGUGGCACUGAUUCAACACAGGCAAUAGGUCUCCCUAUGUCUCCUUCUGUAGGAAUGUUGAUGCAGACAUGUAUUGGAUCAUGAGCGGUGAGUGUGUAAGGUUAAGCUGGAAGAAGCUUCUUUUUUUGUUCCACUGAGCAUGUUGGGUGAUGAGAUGAUGGUGGGGUGGGUGGGGGGUUAUUUGUGAGAUGAGGUGCUGCCGAUGACCAAAUGUGGGCUCUUGUUCCAUUGUAUUUUUUGUCAGCUUCUUAAUUAUAGUUUAGAAGCUUGUAGGAGGGGAUAGAAUAGAGACAAGUUUAAAAAAAAUUUAUUACAUGCUGUUGGAGGUCGUCACGUUUGUGCUAGUCUGGGCACAAUUCAAUUUGGGUGUGGCACUA